CCAUGUAAUAAUUUCUCGCCGAAAGGAUCUAAAUGAGAAUGAUGGGGUCAUCACGAGGACCGACUUAGUGGCAACAGUUUCUGUAAAGCGGCGGCAUGGAGGCAGCAGAAAGGAAGACCUACAGCCAAAAGGCUCCGAGCCCAGUUAGAUUGGAAGAAGGAUUGUGGUUGGUGGCACCUCGAAAGUAAAAGGCAGGGAUAGGGCACAACAAUGCAAGUAUGGUAUUUCUUUUAGCAAAUGGUAAAGCUACCGAGAUUCCAAGACAAUCCCUUUCCUGGUAGAAAACAGAUAGCCCUUCAUCACGGCAAAGAAGAUACCAAACCUUGCCAAUUAAACCGCAGCAAGAACCUCGCCAUGUAGCCCUUCCCCUACACCCAAGCCAUUGGACACCCACGACCCGACCCCGCAACACAAGACACCAACAACACCUCCCCGGAUGCUGUUUGUCGCAAUCCCCCCAUGCCAAAGCCUAACGCCACCACCCAAGGAAAUCGGUGCACCACUCUGCUGGUCUGGCUGGUUAUGAUCGCGUGCGCCUUGCUGAUCAUCGCCGUGAUCAUCACCGGCAUCGUUGUGGUCGCCAUCUACAUGAUCUACCGGCCUAAGAUGCCCUACAUCGAGGUGGCCGACGCGCACCUCAACACUCUGGACUACGACCAGUCCGGGCUGCUCGACACCGAGAUGACCCUCACCAUCGUGGCCGAGAACGACAACUUCAAGGUCCAUGCGAGCUUCUCCGACGCCAGCUUCAACCUCAGGUUCCACGGGAUAAAGAUUGCGGAGCUGCGGGCUGCCCCGUUCGACGUGCCUAAGAACAGCUCGUUCCCACUUUACUACCGCGUGCCAUCGUCAACAAUCCCUCUGGACGAAGCGGGAAUGGAGACGAUGGACAUGGCUUUGAAGCAGGGCAUCGUGCCAUUCAGCCUCGACGGGCAGGCGAGGACACGGUGGAAGGUGGGAAUUUUCGUGCCCGUGGGGUUCUGGACCCACCUCUCCUGCGAACUCCGGUUCUUCUGGCCCAACGGGACCGUCGUCAACCCGUUGGACUGCAGCUCCAAAUCCCACUGACGCCGGUCUUUCCUAAUUCAUGUCAGGGUGGUGAUGCUGGGGCUACGAAUUUUUCCGCCUUGGAUUUGUUUAUAGAUGGUAGACCAGGCUGACGUGUACGGAUUCAGAUUGUAUCCUUUAAUGCACAAAAGAAUAAUCAAUCUUCUUCUGC